AUGAACCGCUUAGCGCAGCUGUUUGUUGCUAGCGCUGCGAAGUCCCCUGGGCAACCUGCCGACUCAUGGAUCGUGGAAGAGCGCUCAGUUGAUGAAGCCAGGCCGUUGAGAGUGGUCAUCAUCGGCUCUGGAAUCUCUGGUAUCAUCGCAUCCAUUCGGUUCAGGCAACGCAUCCCCAACUUGGAUCUUUGCGUAUACGAGAAAAAUGUAGACAUUGGAGGGACUUGGUUGGAGAACAGAUACCCCGGAUGUGCAUGUGAUAUCCCUGCUCACACCUACCAGGCCACCUUUGAGCCCAACAAAGAGUGGUCCGCCUUCUAUGCCACAGCCCCAGAAAUCCACAGGUAUUGGGGGCGCGUGGUGGACAAAUACGGCUGCAAUAGAUAUAUCAAGUUCAAGCAGCAAGUGGUCGAAGCCGUGUGGAAGGAAAAGGAUAGCAAAUGGAUACUGCAGGUCAAGGACCUACACAGUGGCUCGGUCUAUGCAGACCAAUGCGACGUGUUGAUCUCCGCCACCGGCUUCUUGAAUAACUGGAAAUGGCCGGACAUUCCGGGGCUUCAUGAUUUCCAAGGGAUGCUGAUGCACAGUGCUAGGUGGGAUAAGAGUUUUGACUACAGCAACAAGAGGGUUGCUGUGAUUGGCAACGGUUCGAGCGGAGUUCAAAUUGUGCCCGGAAUGCUGCCAAAAGUAGCACGCAUGGACCACUAUGUCAGGAAUCGAACAUGGAUCGCACCCACCUUUGCUCGGGCUGAACUCGAUAGACGUGGGGUCAAGUCGGACAAUUUCUCAUUUACCCCUGAAGAGCUCGAGACCUUCAACAAAGACCACAAUGCUUACCAGAAAUUCCGCAAAGACAUCGAGUUGCAGCUGCAGUCUAUUCACGGUGCAACCUUGCUAGGCACACCAGAACAGCUCGGUGCGAAAGAGGCUUUUACGCAGGAUAUGAGACGGCGCUUAUCAAGUAAGCCGGAAUUAUUUGAGGAGCUUGUGCCAUCAUUCCCGCCCGUUUGUCGCCGGCUUACGCCCGGUCCUGGGUACCUGGAGGCCCUGACGGAUGAGAAGAUCGACAUCAUCACCAGCGAAAUCGUUCGGAUUGAUGCAGACGGCAUCAUCACGGCAGAUGGAACACAUCAUCCAACUGACGUUUUGGUCUGUGCCACCGGAUUCGACACCACGUUCACCCCUCGAUUCCCCAUCACUGGGUGCAACGGCCUCUCGUUGGCGGAGCGGUGGAAGAAGACGCCGGAAUCGUACCUCUCGAUCGCAGUUGAUGAAUUCCCGAACUAUUUUAUCUGCUUUGGGCCCAACUCGGCCCUUGGCGAGGGCAAUCUGUUGCUUUUGCUUGAGAGAGUAAUCGACUAUUUCACCUCAUGUGUCCAGAAGAUGCAGCGUGAUAACAUCCGCUCCAUGUCCGUCCAGAAGGAUGCCGUGGAAAGGUUCACCCGUUACUGCGACCAGUAUUUCUCCCGCACAGUAUACAGUGAGCAAUGCCGUAGCUGGUAUAAGGGAGGCGAGAAAGACGGGCGGGUGAUCGGAGUGUGGCCCGGCUCGUCGCUCCACUCGCUCCGAGUGCUGUCUCAACCCCGCUGGGAGGAUUUCAGGUACGAGUAUGUCGGGGACAACGCGAAUGGCUGGAUUGGGAAUGGCUGGACGGAGAAUGAGAAGAACAAUGAUAUCAAUGUCGACUACCUGGAUGAUGACCAAGUGGACUUUCCCUGGGCGGUGUUUGAACCGUUGAAGAACUAGAGACUAGAAUCAAAUGAAACACGUCAACACGAUGUGACUCGAGCGUAAACUAAGAAUCAUACAAACGGGAUCCGUCGCGUCAUUUGGUAUUGGGUAAAUAAAAGAGGAUUUGUUCCUGGGCUGGAACAAAAGAGGUCGUACUGGGUACUUUCGGAAGUGACUGCCGAGUAUGCAUGCUGCCUCGUCUUGGGGAUGCACUGGGAGGUACAGGUACCUUUAGUGAUGGC